AUGUCGUGUUCCGACACCGAAGAGUAUAACCUCAUGUCUCAGAAGGGACGUUCCCCAAACUAUGCGAAACAAAAGAGGCCUUAUAAACAUAUCCGCAGUGAACUUUAUAUCACUAAGACGUUGUAUGACCCAAUGGGUACGAUCAGCAAGAAUCGCCGAAGGAAAAUCUUGGCAGAUAGGUCGGACGGGUUUUGCUUGAAUGUCCCCUAUUCUAUGAAUAAAAAGGAGAGAUGGGAGAAAAUUGAUGGUACCACCGUUUUUGAAAAUCGACAACAACCGUCAGCAGAUGCUCUCGAGACCCUUGUAGUGGAUAGAGCGGAUGUGCCUUUUUCUGAUGACGGUCACGGUAAUACGGUCAAAAGCAUCAGACUGAUUCAAAAUGAUGGCAUAACUACCUUGGCCAGUGGGGGAAGAAGGAAGGCGCUCAGCCACUUCAGUAAUCAAAUCAGGGAUCUAAGGCACAUGGACAAAAAAGAAACAGAUCCAGCAAGGCUCCUGUUCAAUUUCUGUACUGCCAAUCAAUAUUCUGCACAGCAAACGAAAAGAAAGUCGAAACAAAGAAAACGGCGAAGAGCUUUUCAAAAGAGCUCUUUCAGCGAUUACGGAGAUUACGAGGAGCUAGAGACUCUUGAUUUUGAACCGUAUGCGAGUGAAGAAGAGCAUCUUGUUAACGAACGUGGUUCCCUUUCAUGCGAUAACAACAGCGAAUCUUCACUUGGAAGUUUUAGUGAUCUUGGUCUUGACGAAUGUUUAAUAUCAGCGAAGCAAGAAACUGAUCAAUCUGAAAUUUGCGCAUCAACCUUCUGCAAUGCAAAAGACCCGAGCGUUCCUUCAAAAAAGACAUCUGCUGCAUCAGAUUCUCUCAGAGCCGGUCCCACUGGAACUAUUUUUGAAGUAAUUGAGACUCCACUGAAACACUUUAAACCUUUCAGCAUAGAAGAAAAUAUCAUGCCGUUCAUACGAAAGGAGCUUCUCAAGAAAUGGUUGGACCCCAAAAGACUUUUUGUUUAUAGCCUUGAACUCUCACAUCCAAAGUUUGUGAUAUUUUUCGAGGAAGAUAGCAGCCAGGAUUUACUAAGGGUAAGAGUGAACACAGACACACCGUAUACACCAGCAGCAAGCAGAAGCCGUCUAAUAGACAUUGUGAAAACAAAAAGGAGGAGGAAUCUUUGUUCACUUUUCAAGGACUUGUACGAUUUUAUCGCUGAUACAAAGCUGGACUGGAGAGUUGAGAUUUACAAUAAUUAUGAUUGGGAUUGUCGGCUUAAUAGAUAUCCGGAAGGCUAUCAAUGCCGCGUUAACAGCAAAACGAUAGCGCCCAUUGCUGCGAGCAAUUUUGAGUUUGAGCAAAUCAACCUACUCAAGAAGUUCUAUGAUCAAAUAAACACAAAAUCGGAUCAUUCAAUUACAGAUUGUAACUCGGUUACCGUCCUGAGAUGCAGCUGCUACCGAAGGGAAGGUAAAAGUGAUUUCUUUUUUCUCUCGAAAAGAAUGAUGUGCCGCCAAUGUGUGUCUACUUCGAUCAUUGCUCAGCUCAAUCGGGAAAAAUUUCCCAUUGAAAUUCCGAAAUUUGCUCCUUCUUCUCCUUGUCAACUGGAAGUUCUAUAUGCGAUUUUGCCUAUACCCACGGUCGCUUCACUGCUAAAAGAAACGUUAGCCUUCCAAGCUAGACCUCGAUUUGAGAUGCGAUUUAUUAUUUGCCCUAAUUGUAUACAGCCACAUGAGUUUUGCCCAAUGCCUCUUGCUACUACCGAAAGCUGUGUGUUCAAUAGUUGCUCAUGCUCAAAAUGUCACUAUGCUUUUUGCUAUCUUUGCGAAUGGGAGCCACACUGGCCCAUGAGCUGCGAGCAAUUUGAACGAUGGUCUUCAAAAUGGGACACUCAGCAUGUUUACGAGGAUUACCAUAUAGAUGGUGAACAAGUACGACUAUGCUGCGUUUGCGAAGAGAUCUACACUGUAGGAAUUACACAUCACUUGCAUAAACUUGCUGUCACCCUUGACAUUGGUCAUGAAAUCUUGCCAGAAUCAGUUGAGAUCAAACCAGUUAUGAAUAGAAAGGUUGCCGAGAUAUGCGCUUAUGCGAGGAGGCAGAGAUUUUUGCAAAACAGCGACUUCGAGAAAUUUGUUAUAUCUUCCGUCACGAAAAACAAGGAGAAGUUCAGGGAUCUGAGGAAAACGAUACUUUAUCUGAUUGAAUUUUGUACUGGAUGGGUCUAUGUAGCUAAACCCUCUAACUGGAGGCAUUUAAGUUUGGAAAUAUCAAACCUCAAUAACAGUCUCCAGUUUAUCGAGCAGCAACUUCCUUUGCCAAGAGACGAUUUUGUUAAGCAAAUGGGUGAACUCGAAGAGGAGACUGAAAAACUCGUCAAACUCAUUCGAAAAAGUUUGAACCAAAGACAGGUUUGA